AUGGCGUUUUGGAAGCCCGGGGUGGGGCGGCCGGGUACGUUGACGACGCGACUGAUUGCAGCGAGUGCCCUAGACCGUGCCAGUGUGCGCGAGAGCGAUGCAUCUAUCGAUGUAUCCGCAGCCUUUGCACCGCCGAGCGCCGAGCUCAAAUCACGGCUCCCUGUAGCGAAGCACAGAAACGCGCUCCUCUACCUUGUCGAGCAACACGGGGUUGUGAUCGUUGUGGGUCAUACCGGAAGCGGCAAAACGACACAAAUUCCACAGUACCUUUUGGAGGCUGGCUGGGCUGCCGACGGCCGCCAAAUUGUGUGUACGCAGCCGCGCCGCGUCGCUGCGACCUCUGUUGCUGCGCGUGUAGCGCAAGAGAUGGGGGUGCGGGUGGGAGAAGAAGUGGGAUAUGCGGUGCGGUUUGAGAACUGUACGGAUCCGCAGCGCACAAGGCUCAAGUACGUCACGCCUGGGCUGCUCUUCAGGGAAUGUAUGCAGGAUCCAUUGUUGAGUCGGUACAGCGUCGUGAUGGUCGACGAGGCGCACGAGCGCGGCGUAUACACAGAUCUGCUGAUUGCGGUGCUGAAAAAAAUCCAGCGCAAAAGGCCAGCGCUCCGCAUUCUCCUUUCCAGCGCGACACUGGACGCGGAGGCAUUUGCGCGGUAUUUCGACCCCGACUACGACGGAGCCAACACCGAAAACGUGUCGAUUGUGUCGAUUGAAGGACAGACGUUUCCCGUCGAAGUGGCCUACACGGAGGAACCUGUGCAAGACUAUAUCGCGGCAGCUGUGGACAGUGUAUGGUCGCUGCACAUCCAUGAGCCCCCCGGGGACGUUUUGGUGUUUCUAACAGGGCGUGAAGAGAUUGAGCAGGUGAUACAGGCGCUUGCGGAUCGCGCAGCCAGCAACCCGAAAGGACUUCCGAUGCAUCUUCUCCCACUCUGCGGUGGCCUCUCUUCUGCAGAGCAAAAUGCGGUAUUCAUGCCGGCGCCACGCGGCACACGCAAAGUGGUUGUAUCGACUAACGUAGCCGAGUCCAGCGUCACGAUCGACGGCAUCGUGUACGUGGUCGAUUGCGGGUAUACCAAGGAAAAACAGCUCGAUCCAAGCUCGGGAAUGGACAUUCUUUCCGUCGUGCCAGCGUCCCAAGCGGCGCUCGCUCAGCGCGCAGGCCGUGCUGGGCGCACGCGGCCUGGAAAAUGCUUACGCCUCUUUCCCGUAUCCGCCCUAUCCUCGCUACGCACCACAACAGUGCCGGAAUUGGUGCGCACGGACCCAGCACCCUACCUUUUGCAGCUCAAAGCGCUGGGAAUUGACAAUGUCGCGCGCUUCGACUUUGUGCCGCCUGCCCCAAAUGCAGAGGCCAUGGCCACGGCACUGACCUACCUUGCAAGUCUCCAGGCGCUGGACUCGUUCGGAAGGCUACAGCCAUUAGGCGAGCGCAUCGCCGAGGCACCUUUGGAUCCAAUGAUGGCACGUGCCCUCUUGUACGCUGCGCACACUGGCUGCGCGGAAGAAAUGCUGACAAUUGCGGCAAUGAGCUCUGUAGAUACGCCGUUUACCGCCUACCUAAACGGCCCCGCGAUCGACGUCGCCGCCGAGAUCGAGCGCCGCAAAUUCGUCGCGGAGGAAGGCGACCAGCUGACGCUGCUGAACGUGUACAAUGCAUUUGUUCACCCACGCAUUGGGCGCGCGUCGCCGAAAUGGGCGGCCAAGCACGGGCUUUCUUACAAUACCCUGCGGCGCGCCCAGACGAUCCGUGCGCAGCUACACAAGUACGCAACACUGCACUGGCACCUGCCCAUGCAAAGUCGCACAGAGCCAGACGUGCUGCUCAAGUGCCUUGUCGCGGGGUAUUUCAAGAAUGCCGCGGUGCGUAUGGAUGACGGCAGCUACAAGGCUGUAUUACACGGCGUACCCUUGCAUGCACAUCCUUCCUCGGUCCUAUUCACCAGGGCGUCGCCAUCGCGCUACGUGCUCUACCAAGAAGUGACGCACACAACCAAGGCCAUGAUUCGCGAUAUUGCCGUGAUCGAGCAGGCAUGGCUGCUGGAGAUCGCACCGCACUAUUACGAGCUACAUAGACCCGCACUGCGGUACUAG